AUGUCCUCACCGUUGGUCAAUGUGUCCUUGGCUGCUCUAGCCGCAUGGGCUUUGUAUCUCCUGUCCGGCGCCAUUUACCGCCUCUACUUCCACCCUCUGGCCAAGUUCCCCGGGCCCCGACUCGCGGCCCUGACCGGGUGGUACGAGUUCUACCACGACGUUGUUCGCCGGGGUUUGUUUAUCUGGAAGAUCCAGGAGCUGCAUGACGGAUACGGCCCAAUUGUUCGAAUCAACCCUGAUGAGCUUCAUAUCCGCGAUUCGGACUUUUACGAGGAGCUCUACGCCCCCGCGUCCAAGAAGCGCGACAAAUAUGCCAACUGGACGGCUCUUGCUGGAGCGCCCACGUCGAGCUUCGCCACCGUCUCUCACAGCCUGCACCGUUUGCGACGGUCCGCCUUGAAUCCGUAUUUCUCCAAGCGAGCAAUCACCAACACGGAGCCGUUGAUCUGGGACAAGAUCGAGCGUCUGUGCCAACGACUUGCCCAAGCUGCGAAGACGAAGGAGGUUAUCCGCUUGGAUGCCGCCUAUAUGGCCCUCACGAUGGACAUCAUCACCCACUACGCCUAUGGUGAAAGCUACAACUACCUCGCCGAGGACGACUUCAAGCUCGAGUGGAAGGAAACCGUGGUUGGCGGCUCUGCCAACGGUGUGUUCCUGCGCCAGUUCCCUUGGGCGCUCCCCAUCCUGAAGUCGACCCCUCUGCCGGUGUUGAGGCUCUUGAACCCCAAAGCGGCUGCAUUGGUAUCGUGGCAGCGCAUGAUUCGGAAGCAGGUGGAAACAACCUUGGAGAACAACCGCCAGGGCAAGAAGGCCACCGGGACCAUCUUCCAAGCCGUCCUCGACAGUGAUCUUCCCGACGAGGAGAAGACAGCCGAUCGGCUGCAAGACGAGGGCCAGACCUUGGUAGGCGCCGGAAGCGAAACGACCGCAAAGACGCUCAGCAUCAUUACCUUCUACCUGCUGCAGGACAAAACGAAACUGCAGAAGCUUCGCGACGAGCUUUUCGGUGUGCCGCUGAAACCGACUGGCGAAAGCUUGCUAUCUCGUCUUGAGAAACUGCCGUAUCUGACAGCAGUGGUCAGCGAGGGUCUCCGACAUAUGCACGGGGUGACAACCCGGCUGCCACGCGUGGCCCAUGAGCCGCUCAAAUACAAGGAGUGGAUAAUCCCUCCGAAUAUACCAGUGAGCGAGUCAAACUACUUCGUCCACAUGGACCCAGUCAUCUUUCCCGAUCCUCAAGCGUUCAAACCGGAGAGAUGGAUCGAAGCACAGGAGAAGGGCGUCCGUCUCGACCGGUAUCUGGUGGCCUUUUCGAAAGGAAGCCGGCAAUGUGUGGGAAUCAAUCUGGCAUACGCCGAGUUGUACUUGACGCUGGCGACGGUGCUACGGCGAUUUGAGCUGGAGAACUUCGUGACAACGGUGGACGAUGUCCGUAUUGCUCGCGACUUUUUCGUCGGUGUUCCCAAGCUGGACUCGAAGGGGAUCAGAGCGGUGUACAAUCGUAGUGGGGAUCCGGGGUUGGCCAAUGAGCGGCCGCGGCCCCUGGCUUACGUGCCAUCCGAACAACUUCAAGCCGAUCGAUUAAUAUUUACUGUAUUCAACGCCUGCUCCUCUCCUACUCCCGCUCGCGAUGCCGCCUGUACGAUGAGUCUCCUCUAUUGGCUUCGGAGGCUCUACUCCCUCGACACCCUCGACACUCGCUUCACCGUCCCCGCGAACACGCCCCUCAAGGCCGCGGCUGACACGCGAUCGUCUCCGUCCGCCUCGGCGGAUCCCUCUGCCAAAGAUGCCAGGUCGUCCGAGAUUGCCAACGGCGCCUCGCCGUCGAGGUGGAAGACGCCAGAGUACUUUGUAUAUUAUCUGGUCUUCGUGACGCUCGUGCCGUUGAUGUUCAAAACCGUCAUUGGUGUUUCGCAGGAGAGUCACCCUACUUAUCCCACCUACUCGCAUCUACUGUCUCCUGGGUGGAUUCCCGGCCGCAAAGUUGACAACUCGGACGCCCAGUAUUCGAGUUUCCGCGACAACAUCCCGUAUCUCUUUGCGCUGCUGGUUUUCCACCCUCUCCUCCGUCGCGUCCACGAUUAUUUCCUGCCCGUGCAGGCCCAGUCUGAGGGGCCCAAGGCGUCGACAACUGCCGCCGCCGCCGAUGCGCGACUGAAGCAGAGGACCUAUUUUGACUACUAUUUCGCUCUCGUCUUCAUCGUCGCUCUUCACGGCAUCUCUGCAGCAAAGAUACUGCUGAUUCUGUAUUUGAAUUACAAAAUCGCCAAGGACCUGCCUCGUUCCUAUAUUCCCGCUGCUACGUGGAUAUUCAACCUCGGUGUUCUCUUUGCGAACGAGUUAUGCGAUGGCUACCCAUUGGCGAGCAUCGCAAAGCUCCUCACCUCCGUCGACACAUGGUCUCCGGGCCAGGAACCUCGGCUUGUUGCGUGGGCCCAAUGGCUGGACGGUCUCGGCGGGUUGAUGCCCCGGUGGCAGAUCCUGUUCAAGGUCACCAUUCUCCGCAUGAUCAGCUUCAAUAUGGACUACUACUGGAGUCUGGACUAUCGGUCCAGCAGUCCAAUCGAGAAGAAGCAACUAGAUCCCGCCUCGUUGUCGGAACGUGAUCGCGUAGCGAUUCCGGCGGAUCAGGCGUCCUUCAACCCCCUAUACUACGUAGCAUACGUGCUGUACUCACCCCUCUACCUGACGGGGCCGAUCCUCACGUUCAACGAUUACAUCUCCCAGCAAAGAUACCCGUCACCCGCCGUGACGCCAAUCCGCACCCUUCUCUACGGCAUCCGGUUCUGCCUGACGCUGCUCUGCAUGGAAGUUGUCCUCCACUACAUCUACGCCGUGGCCAUCUCCAAGGCAACCACCGACUGGUCCCAAUAUACGCCGGGCCAGCUAAGCAUGCUGGGCUAUUUCAACCUGCACAUCAUCUGGCUGAAGCUGCUGAUCCCGUGGCGCUUCUUCCGGCUAUGGGCGCUCCUGGACGGGAUGGACCCUCCAGAGAACAUGGUGCGGUGCAUGUCCAACAACUACUCCGCCUUCGCCUUCUGGCGAGCCUGGCACCGCUCCUUCAACCGCUGGAUCGUGCGAUAUCUGUACGUUCCACUCGGCGGCGGCGGACGACACUCAUCAUCAUCAUCCGGCAAGAAAUCCUCGCCUAUCCUCUCCCAAGCCCGCCGGAUCUUCAACGCCCUCACCGUCUUCACCUUCGUCGCCGUCUGGCACGACAUCAACCUCCGGUUGCUGAUGUGGGGGUGGCUGAUCACGCUGUUCGUCCUGCCCGAAGUCAUCGCCAGCCUGCUCUUCCCGCCGCACCGCUGGCGCGACCGCCCCAACACGUACCGCGUGCUCUGCGGCAUCGGCGCCGUGGGGAACAUCCUCAUGAUGAUGAUCGCCAACCUGGUGGGGUUCGCCCUGGGGCUGGACGGUCUGAAGGGCCUGCUCGCCGGCAUCGUGGGCUCGUGGUCCGGCGUGGCUUUCCUCCUCAGUUCCUGCGCGGCCUUGUUUGUUGGUGUUCAGGUCAUGUUUGAGGUUAGGGAGUCGGAGCGGAGGGCGGGUAUUGUGUUGAAGUAUUAG